UUCAGAUGUUUUUCGUCACCUUUUAAUGUAAAAUCGAAAAUGUCUAAACGUAAAUCAUGUUCAACAUCACUAGAUCCUAAUGCAACAACUACACAACAUGAUGCUAAUGAUGCUGAUAAUCAUGCUGAAGCAAAAAUAACAACUGUUCAACCAUCUUCUCUAUCUGAUCAUACAUCACAACUAAGCCAUAAUAUUGUCUCAUCAAUGUCGACUGUUAGUAUGCCUAUUCCUACUACUAGUGUUAAUUUUGUUACAAGUAAUGACAGUUAUCCUGUAACAAUGAAAUCAUCAUUGAAUGAUAAUGAUGAAAAUAUUAAGAAAUGGUCAUAUUCUCCUGUUUAUUCAUCAAUUCAAACAAAUACCUCAACAAUAAUGACUACUAGUACUACUCAUCAUCAUCAGCCACAGCAGCAACAGCAAUCAUCUAACACAUCGACUACACAUACAACAUUUAUAUCAAAUUCCAAAUAUCAUCAAUCAAAUAUAAUGAAAACUAAUUAUGAAGCCAUACCAACAGUUGUAGAACCAGUUGAAGUAGCUGCUGGUGAAGCACAAGCAGAAUUAAAUGAACGUGAUCAACAAGUUUUACAAUCAUUACUAAUGAAUAAAUCAUCAACAAUUGUCUCUUCUACGUCUAUUAAUAAUUUGUCUUACACUGUCACUAAUACACCAAUGAUGACGACAUCAGCAACAUCUAUGAAUUCUAUGUCACCUUCACCUGUUUCAUUAUCAUCAUUCAAUAAUUCAUCGUCGGUAGCCAAGAUGAAUAAAUCAAAUACGGAAUCGUUCAAUAUCAACUCGGCUAACAACACUACAAUCACAACAGUACCACCAAUAACAACAACAACAACAAAAUCUAUCCAAGAAGAUCAAUUACCGAAACCAUGUCUAAAUGAAAAUCUUGUUUCAUCGUCAACCAUGCCAACAAGUAUUAGUAAUAGUAGUAGUAGUAGUAAGCUUAAAACAUUCCCAUAUUCAUCUUCUUCACAGACAACUGAAAUGACAUCAGAACAGAAAAUUGCCAACUCAUCAUUGACUAAUCAUUCUAAUCAUGAUGAGACGUCGUUGUAUUUUGUACAAUCAACAUUAGACAGAACCAAUGUUGAAAAGCCAAUUUCUAAUGGAGAAAAUGUACAUCUUCAAACUACUUCAGAAUAUGUUAGUUCUGUUAGUGGAUCAUCUGUAAAACCUGUUAUAGCACAUUCUGUCAGUGUAAUUCCAAUUAAAAAUCAUGUUGCUUCAUCAACCAAUAUUAAUGAUAAUGACAAUAAUAGAAGAAUAUCGAAUUCUCACAGUAUUGAUCACAAUAUCAAGUCGACUACAAUUGGUCAUAGCAUUACAAAUGUACAAUAUUCUUCACAACCAUCUGAUGAAACUGUUACCCUUGAUAUGAAUAAUAAUAAUAAUAAUAUUUCAAAUCAUACAAAACCAACUGUAAACGGUUUCAAACCUGUUGUAGAUGAUUCUGCAAAGAUUACCACUACUACAUCUUCAUCUUCACCUUCGUCAAGUAUGCCAACUUCCGAUUCAUUUCAAUCACGUAUUAAACCUCCAUCAUUUACUGUAAAAACAUCCGAUUUAAACAAAACAAGCACUCCUAAAAUAACUUCUGUGAAAGCUGACGAUCCUAACCAUGUAAUACAGAAUAAUAGUCAUAAUAAUAAUACAAUGCCCAAUACAUUUAAUACACCAGAAAGUAUUAAAAUGUCGAAUAAGAUAAAUUCUGCUGAAAGCGAUAAUAAUUCAUUGAGUACACCACCGGUUUUAUGCUCCGCAUCAGUUAGUGUAACUGGAAUCCGUCCACCAAGUGGUAUUAAAGCUCCAUCUAUCACUCCACCAGAUAAGAUCAAAUCCAAAAUUGCUACUAAUGGGCAUACUAAUGCUAGUGCCAUCAACACAUCGAUUACCUCUGCACAUGAUGAGGAAAUGGUGCAUACAAACAAAAAACACAUUCCUACAAUCACUGAACAACAACCACCAUCAUGUGAAUUAAUAAAAAGACAAGAAUCAACUACAGAUGAUAGUUUAGAACAAUAUCCUAGUGGUUUGCCGAAACCUUCUUCAGUGUAUGGAAAAGUUCAAUCUACUAAAUCUCGACCGCUAUUAGGAAAUUCACCGGUUGCUAAUUCUGGUAUACCUGCACCGUCUAUAAUGCCAUCAUCAUCUUCUAUGAGUGGACAAUCUCAUAUGCCUGUACCUACGUCUAUUCCUUUGCCUAGUGGAAUAAAGCCACCAUCUCGUUCACCAAAGUCGGCGUUAGCUAAGUGAUAACAAUAUUCACUUGUGUCCCAAUGAUUAGUACAACAUACCAACAAUGUUCAAUAAUCAAAAUGUUGAAAGAGUUUCAUUCUUCUUCUUCUUUUAUGACUAAUUUUCAAUAUCAUUUCAUUGAAUAAACUCUUCAGUUUUAGGCAAA